AUGUUUUAUCGUAUAACGAUGCACAGAUCUGCUGCUGCUUUGCCAUUAGUUUACAAAGAAACCUUGCGUACUUUAGGUCUUAAGAAGAGAGGUUCUGUGGCAUACCAAAAAGUCUCGCCUGCAGCUGCCGGUAUGAUUGCCAAAGUCAAGGAAUUGGUCAAAUUGGAAUUAGUCGAAGAAUCAAAAACUAAGACCCAGGAAAGACAAGAGAGAAAGAGCAAACCAGGUUUUUCCGUCAUGGGUAGUCGUCUUUAA